AUGCCUGGCGUAUACGGAGGCGACGAGAUCAACGCGCUUGUCAUCGAUGCUGGUCACUCUUCCAGCCGGGUCGGUUGGGCCGGCGAAGAUGCACCCCGUGUAGUGCUUCCGUCUUACUACGGCCACACAUCCAUCACCGAUGAUGCUAUUGCCGAACUCGAGUCCCAAGCCGCUUUCGCUACAUCAUCCUCGUCCACCGUCGAACCCACCGAACGCGCGGAACCCGUGGAUGGUGACGAGACCAUGGCCGACGGCCAAGCACUCUCCACGUCCAACGGCAACGGCGGAGCGGCUGCAACCCAAGAAGCGUCCGACCACCGACUCAGGCAAGCACGCGCCAAAUCCGCCAGCAAGACGCUGCGCUUUUCGGUCGAUCGCGAAAAGAAGCGUCGGCGCUUCGUCGGCGACAAUGAGCUGAACCUGUACCGGACCAACCUCGAGAUUGCGCCCAUCUUUGACGACGACGGCAUGCUCGCCGAUGCAUCUGCAUUUGCACAGCUGUGUUCGUUUGGUCUGGAUUCGUUGUCGUGCGAUGCAAGCGAGCAUCCGUUGCUGCUGACCGAGCCAGCGUGGAACUCACGCGAGUCGAGGGAGAAGCUCACCGAGCUGGCGUUUGAGACGCUUGGUAGUCCUGCGUUCUACUUGGCCAACCGAUCUGUGCUCAGCAGUUUCGCUGCAGGCAAGCCGAGCAGCUUGGUGAUCGAUGUCGGCAGCACCAACGUGUCGACGAUCCCGAUCGUCGACGGGUUUAUUCUUCGAAAAGGCAUUUACAGGCACAACAACGGCGGCGAAGCGAUCAACCGUGCACUGCUGUACAGUCUGCACCAUGGACGCGGAGCGACGUUUGCGGGCGUGACGCCGCAGUACGUCAUCAAGAGUCGAAGCUCGGUUGACCCUGGAACGCCGGCCAAUGUGGUCCUGAGGCAGGAGCGCGUGCAAGGUGCCAGCUCUUCCUUCCGCAGCUACCACAUCAAUCGCGUUGUCAACGACUUCAAGGAGAGCGUAGCACAGGUGUUGGAGGUGCCGUGGGAUGAUCAGCAGGCGCAAUUCCGAAGUGGACGAAUGUACGAGUUCCCAGACGGCUACAAUGACGCGUUUGGCGUAGAGCGACUUCGGGCUGCCGAGGUGCUCUUCACGCCUGCGCUGUGGAAUGGUGUUUCAUCGAGCGAGAGCUUCGGUGCUGUGCUGCAUGCAUCGUCUCAGCCGUCGUCCGAGGCUGGGGCUGUCAACGGCGGAUCGGUAAGCGCAGCUGGUGCGACGAGCGUUGCAGGCGGAAAAGCGGCUAUUGGAUUGGCGGAUAUGGUGCUCUCCUCGAUCAACGCCGUCGAUGUCGACUCGCGACCGUCACUCUACGGUAACAUUGUGCUCGUCGGCGGCAGCUCGCUCAUCCAAGGUCUCUCUGAUCGACUCAGCUACGAACUCGGCGUCAAAGCUCCCAACCAGAAAAUCAAAAUCCACUCGCCCGGCAAUACCACCGAACGAAGACACUCGUCUUGGCUCGGCGCAAGCAUCUUGGCCAGUCUCGGCACCUUCCAUCAACUCUGGAUCUCCAAACAAGAGUACGAAGAGCAUGGCGCUGCCAUCGUUCAUGCUCGAUGCAAAUGA